AUGGCUAAUGCUUCCCACUCUAAGAAGCACGAUGAUGCAAAUGUUAUGAUUGAUCUAGAGGAUGGUAGCUCUGAUGAUCAAGAGGAAAGCUUGAUUCAUCACAUAAAGCCAAGUGUGGCUAAACGCAUGAAGACUCGCAAAGGAAAAUUUGUGGCUGAACUUAUGUCAGCUAGAAAAGCUAAGAAGACUGCUAGAAGGGUAGUUGUGGAAAGGGAAUUGGGAAAAGAUGUUGCUGAUGUCAAGGAGGUCAUGGACCUGAUACACGUUGUUGGGCUUUUGAAGACUGUUGUUGGGCUCUCUCAAUCCUAUGAAGGUUUAGUCAAGGAAUUUAUUGUUAAUAUUCCUGAGGAUAUUUCUGAUAAGAACAACAAGGAGUUCUGCAAGGUGUAUGCGAGGGGCAGAAAUAAUGAGGGUACAAGAGAAUUAGAGGUUACAGACAAUCAGGUAUGUAGGGAGAUUACAGCUAAGCAGGUGAAAGUUUGGCCUUUUAAAAAGCAUCUUCCUGCUGGAACGUUGACUAUCAAGUAUGCUAUCAUACAUAAAAUAGGAGCUGUUAACUGGGUCCCUACCAACCAUAUCUCCACCAUUGCUAAUACUCUUGGGAGGUUUAUUUUUGCUGUUGGGACAAAAGUGAAAUUUGACUAUGGUAGAUAUAUGUUUGAUCAAAUCAUCAAGAAUGCAACUACUAAUGCAGACAGUCAUGUCGAGGAUAUUGUCAUGACAUCUGCCAUGAGGAGGCCUGUCUCAAAAGUUGGAGCAAUUGAUGAGCUUAAGGAGACAUGUAAAGAGCUAGGUGAAGGGAUUAGGGUAGCCACAACUAGAAAACAAUCUUUGGAAGCCUUGAUUGAAAGGUUGGAGCAGGAUGAGGGUGAAAAUGUUGGACAUGCUAAUGUCAGCCAUGAAGAAGAAGCUGAAGCCCACACCUCUAGUGAGAGGUCUGCUCACAAUGAUGAUGCGAGUGGCAAUUCUGCUUCUGGUGCUGCUGAAGAGGUUGCAAACUCAAGCUCUAUUGAGUAG